UCGCGCAUACACUCUGCCCACAGGCUCCAAGAGAUAAAAGUUCAUCGUUUUCUCAUCCGGCAUGAAAAAUCACGCGGAUGGAUGACUCGAGCUGCAAGCGACGAAUAUUCUUGAUCGGCGUAUAUCGGUAACAAAGAUGGAGCCUGAAAAGCCAUCGACGCUGCAGCCGCCGGAUUACGCCGUCAUAGGCGUCGUGAUGCUGAUCUCGGCGGGCAUUGGCGUGUACUAUCGUUUCACCGGUGGUCGGCAAAAAACAGCAGAGGAGUACUUUGUGGCGAACCGGAUGAUGGGCGUAGUGCCGCUCGGCAUAUGCCUGAUGGUGUCCUUCGUCUCGGCCAUAACCACCUUGGGCAUAAGCGCCGAGAUCUACGCGCACGGCACGCAAUUCUACGUCCACUACGUCGGCGCCGUGCUCGCGACCAUCGUAGUGGCGUACUUUUACCUGCCCGUCUUCUUCGAGCUCAACACAGUGAGCGUCUACGAGUACCUCGAGAAGAGGUUCGGCGUGGCGGCGCGCCUGGCGACCAGCGUAGCCAACUUUGUCCAAUUGACGCUUUACACGGGCAUAGUACUGUACGCGCCGUCCCUGGCGAUCGAGGCAACCACGGGCCUCUCGAGCACCACCAGCAUCCUCUGGCUGGGGCUUAUAUGCAUCUUCUACUCGGCGAUCGGGGGCAUAAAGGCCGUCCUCGUGACCGACGUCUUCCAAGGCGUGCUGAUGUUCGUCUCGCUCGUCUGUAUCGUAGCUGUCGCCUCGGGUGAGAUCGAGGGUGGCCUGGCCAGCGUCUGGGACACCGCCCUCAAGGGCCAACGCGUCGAGCUCCUCAACUUCCAGGUGGACCCGACCGUGAGGCACACCUGGUGGUGCCUAGUCGCGGGUGGCUUCUGUCUCUUUUGCUCGCUCGGCGUCAACCAAGUCCAGGUCCAGCGACUCCUCACGGUCAAAUCCCUGAGAUCGUCGCAACUGGCAUUGUUCCUGAGCCUGCCCAUCCUCGUGUCCUACGGUACGUUCACGAUGUUCUGCGGCCUGGUGCUCUACGCCGUCUACCGGGACUGCGACCCCGUGGCUGCGGGCCGGAUAGCCUCCCACGACCGGAUAAUGCCCUACUUUGCCGCCACGAAGAUGUCCGGCUACCCCGGCCUCGUUGGGCUGUUCGUCGCGGGGAUCUUCAGCGCCAGUCUCAGCACCGUAUCGGCCAUGCUGAACUCCCUGGCCCUGGUCUUCCUCGAGGACUACCUCAAGCGGGGCUACGCGAGGCUCGGCAAGACCUUCCCGGUGGAGCAAACGGCCGCCUUUGGCAAGACGCUGGCCGUAGCGAAUGGCCUCGUGAGCGUGGGAAUGGCCCUGCUGGCCGGGAGUUUCGGCAGCUUGGUCCAGCUGACCUUGUCGGUCAUGGGCUCGAUUUGCGGCCCCGUGCUGGGCAUCUUCACGCUGGGCAUGUUCAUCGAGGAGGCCAACGAGAAGGGGGCCAUUUUUGGAAUGUCGAUGGCUCUGCUGACCUGUCUCUGGGCGAACUUUGGCAGGUCCCGGACCAAGGCCCCGAUGCUACCGGUUACCGCAAGCGGCUGCGCCAACUUCACGGCCCCACCCGUCAACACGACCACGUUGGCCACCGGGUCGCCCGAGUUCUACCUGUACCGCAUCUCGUACAUGUGGUUGGGCCCGAUGGGCCUGGCGAUCACGGUGGUCGUGGGUUACUGCGCGAGCCUCGUCUUCCGCGAGUUGGAGACCCGCGCGGGUGUGGCCACCACCAAGCCAGACCCCAGCCUCUUUACACCGUGGCUGGCUCGACGGAUCCGCCGGCGCAGGGGUGCCAAGGAGGACGCUACCGCGGGUGGCCAGGUGGUGUUGGGCUUGGAGGAGCUUCAGUCGGUGGCAAGGGAACCGAGGAGACGCGACUUGUUGCGGCCGUGACGCCGGGAGCGCGCCGACGAGGGCGCGCCCGGUGUCAACGAGGCCAACAGACAGCCCGACGGCAAGGCCAUCGUCGAGUUCUGGCAGAACGAGUGCGCCCCGCACGAUCUACACGACUUUGACGCCGACGGCGAGUAACUUGACUUUCGACAACUGCAUAAUAAUAUAUCUGUUGCCGCGUUCAGCGCGUGUUUACACGUGACGAUUGCGCAUGUAUACGCCAACGGAACUAUAUAUACACGGUACAACGAUACAAUGUAACAGAUGUACCGAGCGUCUACUGUAAGUUUUGAUCGGUUAGCGGAUAAUGUCCGUACCUGUACCCAAGACUCUCGAUUCUCGUAUUGUACAUUUUAUAUUAUAUUGUAUACUGAUGCUUUAUAGGUGAGACGCGACACCAAUAUAUUUAACUAUUGAGUUGUUGUUCCGCGAUUUUAGAGGCUCAUUGCAAUAAGAUUUAUCAAUUGGGUACUUGUACUUACGAACUUUUAACGUGCGUGUAUAAGUGUAUAGCUACGGACUAGUCCAAUGAUGGCAACACUCACCUGAAACAUAAAAAUACGUUUGUCAUGAAUGAAUGAGUUCGCGAUAAGACAUUGUAUGUGUAUUUGUUAUUUUAGUUUGAAAAAAAAUAUCUUUCGGAUAAUAAAUACGGUUUUUCCUAAAUUUUAUUUACUUCAUAACUCAGCAGGUAAAUUUAUGUGACAAAUAAAAAAAAGCGCUUGUCAAAGGAAAUAGGGGAGAGACAGAGAAAUCGCCAUUCGUUCUCAAUUAGGUAUAUUGAUUAUGAAUCGGAC